UCUUUGAAAGAGGACAAAGAAUUAACAUUGUCUACGCUUUUCCACCAUGCAGUUCCUCUCCUUUCUCGCUAUACUUGCGGCGACGUCUUCGUGCGUUAGCUCGGCAGCUAUCGAUAAUACUGUUGGUCUUUCUAUGAGAGACGAACUUGACGACAUAAUCAACCUUCCCACAAAAUCGGUCCGCUGCGGUGGAAGUCUGGCCAGAGCCGAAAUACAUACCACAGCCGAUAUCAAGAAGGCAGCUACCAAUACUCUCAACCAUCUCGAUGCUAACACUGUAGUCGGAGAUCAGAACUACCCCAAGAGAUACGGAUACAGAGAUCCCGCUGUCACCUUGUCUAGUCAAUGCUCGGCAACAGACACUUUGUAUGAAUUUCCCAUUACCAGAGGAACUUGGAAUGGCGUUCCUGGAGAUACGACAGAUAUCCCAGAUAGAAUCAUCAUCAAGCGAACUAGCAAGAAAGGGAUUUAUUGUGGGCUCAUCACUCAUACGGGUGCACCAGCUAGUCCCAUCACCAACAACCCUUUCCAAAGUUGCACAGGUUAGAUAGGACACCAGUUAUUUCUCUGAACCUUGAUUUCAGUUUGUUCCUACAAGAAAAUAUAUGUUGAAGUUAAAAGGCCACUAUUCGUUUUUUUCAAAUUG